CUCCCGCUUUAUGUUUGCCGCAAACAUCAGUUAUACGUACGUACAGUGGAAGAAUGAUACUCUAUCCGUCUCUUCCCUCUUCCCUCAUCUCCUUCAACAACACAACCCAAACACCUCCAUAUCAUUGUGUUCCCAGAAAAACUCCACAAAAACAACACCUCCAUUUAUUAUCUGCCUCCAAUCCAUGUUCGUGUGGAAGAAGGCUCUUUCUUCAAACUGCUGCUUCCACAGCUUUCCUCCCCAUUUGUCCCUCCCUUGCUUCUCAUUCACCUUCCGAUUAUCUGGGUGUUUUGCAAAGAGUCCAUCCUCCGAGGCCCGAUUGGUACGAGGAGUUUUAUGCUUCGGUUCUCAAUACAUCCAUGGAAUCUUAUGAGGCAGAGAUUGCAGGUUACAAGUUACAGCUCUUUGAUAAUCUGUUAGAGAAGGCCAAGAAGAUAUUGGAGAUUGGCAUCGGCACUGGCCCCAAUCUUAAAUACUAUGCUGGUCAUACUGAUGUUGAAGUUUUUGGCGUGGAUCCAAAUCAAAAGAUGGAGAAGUAUGCUCGGGCUGCUGCAGUUAAUGCAGGUUUACCCCCUGCAAAUUUUAAUUUCAUCCAUGCUGUUGGCGAGGCUAUUCCAUUACCCGAUGCUUCUGUUGAUGCAGUUGUUGGUACCCUAGUACUAUGUUCUGUUAAGAAUGUCAAUCUGACACUAAAAGAAGUGAAGAGGGUGCUGAAACCAGGGGGCCUUUACAUCUUCAUUGAACAUGUGGCUGCUAAAGAUGGAACAGUUAUGAAACUUGCACAGAUUUUGCUUGACCCUUUGCAAGAGCUGGUGGUUGAUGGAUGCCACCUGACCAGGGAAACUGGAAAAGAAAUAUCUGAAGCCGGGUUUUCUAAGUUGGUACUGAGCAAGGAAUUUAUAUCCAACAUUCCUUUAAUAAAUCCGCAUGUGUAUGGAAUAGCAUAUAAGUAAAAAACCUGGAAGUUUCAAGCUGUAAAGUGCCAUUUAAGUUCAACAAAGGGCGAAAAUAUCUUAGUUAUGAAGGAUGGUUACUUUGAGAAGGUUUGUUAUUUCCGCCUACCUUCAAAACUUUCUUUGAAGCUUGUACAAUGCAAUAAAAUGCAUAAAGGCGUAUUAUAUUAUAUAGAUUUUGGCUAGAGAAAACAUUUCGGUUA